AACUGAAAAACUGACUCUUCCUAAGGUUAUGCCGUCUGCUGGUCUUCAGAACUCAGCUGGGACACUGACUAGACACAGCAGAUUUUGGACUUAACUUCUAUAAUUGUGUGAGACAACUCCUUACCAUGUAUACUACGUGAGUCACCUACAGGACCAAAAUGGAGGUGAUGCCCCAAUAUGACCUGUCCAGACUGCCAGAAAACACAGCCCUGAAGCAGCAAAAGUUGCCUGCCCACCAGCUAGAUUUAUCUGCCUCGGUGGUCCUCUGUAUCUUUUUUGCCACAGGCGUGUUCUGCCUCUGUAUGGGCGUUGUCCUUCUACUGUCUGCGAAGAGCACCAAGGAACUUGAGAUUAAUUACACAAACAUAUGUGCAAAUUGUGCUCAGCUACGGGAAGAUAGCUCUAAUUUUGACAAAGAAUGCACCUGUUCUGUUCCCUUUUACCUUCUGGAGAAAAUGGAGGGUAAUGUUUACAUGUACUACAAAUUAUAUGGUUUUCAUCAAAACCUCUAUCGAUACGUUCUAUCAAGAAGCAAUAGUCAGCUGUUGGGCAAGGAUAUCUGGGAUGUUAAGGACUGUUCUCCAUUCCAAAUGUCCCACAACAACACUCCCAUCAUUCCUUGCGGUGCAAUUGCCAACAGCAUAUUCAAUGAUACCAUAACUCUUUCAUACAACCUUAAUUCGUCUAUACAUAUAAAAGUCCCAAUGCUGAAGAGUGGGCUUGCAUGGUUGACAGAUAAGUAUGUCAAGUUUCAGAAUCCAAGAACCAGUGACCUUGCUAGUGUAUUUGCAGGAAGUGCCAAGCCUCUGCAUUGGACCAAACCUAUCUACGAACUAGAUACAGAUGACCCAGGAAACAAUGGCUUUGUCAAUGAGGACUUCAUUGUUUGGAUGAGGACAGCCGCCUUUCCCACUUUCAAAAAACUGUACCGCCGACUCAAACGUGUGGACUAUUUUGCUGAAGGCUUACCUGCUGGUAACUACAAUUUCCACAUAUCCUACAAUUUUCCAGUAACCAUGUUCCAUGGAGAAAAAUCCGUUGUUCUUUCCACUCUGACAUGGAUUGGAGGAGGUGGCAUUUUCCUGGGACUUACUUACACAGUGACAGGGGCACUGACAUUGUUGGCCUCUUUUGCCAUCCUGACAAUUCACUUGAUGCUGAAAAGGACUAAGAAAAGUUUCUUGUAGGAGUGAAGUCAAGAUUUGAAAAGGAAGAAUAGCAGAAGGCAGAAAUGGACAACAAAGUACUAGAACCAAAGAUCUCUGGCAAAGCUUAAAUAUUUCUGAGCCAUCUCAACUGGAUUGACUGAAUCAAAUAUAAUCUCAACUACGUAGAUAAAUAAUGAGAUUCCCAGAGUGGGGUGAAGAAAAGGAGAGAAGACGAGGAGAAAAAAAUAUGUGAAGUAAAAUGUUCUUGGAAUGAAGACAAUAAAUGAUUUUUGAGCUCUAAACUGAGUGUUAAGAAUU